AUGCAAGGUGAAAAGCUUAGCAAAAAUGAUGCAGCACGGAAGAUUAUGCAAGGCUAUACAGGAGUCUUAUUGGAUGCCUACUAUAUCUGUACCACUGCACCGGAUAUUAUGUAUGGAACAAGCAUACUUUCCGAGUUUAAGCAGAGCCCAUGUGAAGUGCAUUAUAGAGCUGCAAAGAGGGUGAUGCAAUAUGUGAAAGGAACAACAGACUUUGGUGUAUUAUAUGCAAAACAUGCAGAAGUAAAACUAAUGGGCUUCAAUGAUAGUGAUUGGCUAAAUGCUACUGAGGUGCUAAGUGGCAAUAAAUCUGCUGUUUCUAUUGUAAAAAAUCUAGUCUUUCAUGGAAAGACUAAAAAUAUUAAAAUCAAAUAUCACUUCCUUAGAGAAGUUGAGAAGGAAGUUCAAGUGAAAUUGAAGAAUUGCAGCUCAGAGGAUCAAGUCGCUAAAUUUAAGGAGGAGUUGUUGAUGACUACCAACAGAAACUGUGGUUUUGACAAGAUUUCACAAUGA